GAAGGAAGCUAAAAGGGUUGUAAGAAUUGUAUCUCUUAUCUGCUUGGAAAUGUGUGACAGAAAUUUUCUAAGUUCUGGCUUUGUUGGAUCCCUCUUGAAUUUUUCCACACAGGAUUUUUAUUUUCCCAAUUUACGGAGUAACGGGGUUCAGUCCUCCGAACUAAAUCACAUUUCGUACGGCAGAAGAGAGGUGUGCUCAACCCCGUGGACUUCCCCAAAUCCGUGCUCAUCUCCACCACAAAGCCGCACGUUCAGUAGCUUCAGUCAACCCUUUCUGGCAACUUCAGUGUCUCUAAGUACCAAUCCCAACACUCAUAAUAAGGGUCCACUGGAAGAAGCUAUUAAGUACUUCAGUCUUCAAGAUGCCAAUCAUAAACCAGAGGAAUCAGUCAGACAUGGACCGUCUUCAGGCAGUGAACACGGAAUUAUUCACCCUGCUUGUGCUGCCAAAUAUAACUUUUGUAAUAUGGAAGGACAGUCACAAUCCUCCACUGCACAACUGGAACAGAAUUCCAGCAAUCAAGCAAAUAUCGCGGGCUUCAAGGAACCGGUCAACUCAAAUGUCACAGUGCAGCAAAACUUAAGUGGCCCCUGUGUUAGGGCAUCCCUCACUGAUGGUGCUGUUUGGUGUUCUUCACAAGUGAGGACCAAAAAGAAACGGAAGCCGUACGCCAAGCAACAGAUUGCAGAACUUGAGAACGAGUUUCUAAUGAACGAAUUCAUAAACAGACAGAAAAGAAAAGAACUUUCCGACAGGCUGGACUUGAGCGACCAACAAGUUAAAAUUUGGUUUCAAAACCGAAGGAUGAAAAAGAAAAGACUGUUGAUGCGCGAACAUGCAUUUCCCAUUUACUGAGCGGUUAUCUUGGCGCAGAGACCAAGGUUUUUAUGUAGACGGUCAUAACUUUACAAGGCUGCAUUACAUCUCAUCAUCGUGUCUCUCCUUGCUAAUUGCUGUUCUCAAAGCCUCAUGUUCUUCAAUUUGACAUUGCAAUGUUUACAUUAAUAAUGAAUAAAGAAGACACCUAAGAUGUACUUCUAAGUAUUUCCUGGACAUCUGCGAGUGUGCUAUUGAUAUCACCGAAAUAUAUUACAAAGUAUAGACUAUGCACCAUUGUUUAGUAGAAGCAGGCCAAGAAAUGGAAAGAACGUUUCACAUCAACUGUUUCACCCAGCAAAUCACCUUUCGAUAUCAAAUGCCGAUUUGUGUAUUCGUGCAUUAAUAAAGGGCUGUCAUGGAGUACCUAUC